CAUCACAGGACUUCUUGUCACUCCUCAGGUAGGCAGAACCUCAGAUUAGUCUGCGCUGUUCUUUAGUUAAGCACAUGUGGUACUUCAGACUGGUAAAGGUGUUUUGUGUGCGGCGUAAUUUAUAGUUUAUUAAACUACAGUUAAGCUUCAACCAUGGGUAUUCUUACACAAGACGACAAGCAAAACAUCAGAGACUUUUGGGCGAAAGUCUUUGAGAACGCAGAAGACAACGGAAAAGCAAUUAUUAUACGGCUAUUCAUUGACCACCCAGAAACCAUGAAGUAUUUUAAACACUUCAAAAACGUCACCAGCAGGAUGGAACUGGAGAAGAAUGCGCGUGUCAAAGUCCACGGAAGAAGGGUCAUGAAUGCGAUCAACCAGAUCGUUGAGAGCAUGGAUGACUGGGGGGCAGUGGUUGGAAUCCUUACCCCACUGGCAGAGAAGCAUAAAGAAGUGCACAAAGUCGGAGUUCUCAAUUUCAAGCUUUUGUUUGAAACGAUUAUUAACGUUUAUAAAGAUGCUUUGGGAGCCUCCUUCACAGCCUCCAUCUGCGAGUCAUGGAGAAAAGUCUUCAAGCUCCUCUUUGACUUCCUGGAAGCUUUCUACACAAACACCAGUGAGAGUUGUAAAACUGGCCCCGUCUGAAGAGAACAGUGGGUCUACCAUCAGUGACAUAUUACACUCUGGUUAAUAAUAUAUUCUACAAAAACCGUAGCACUCGUUUCAACUCGGUACAGCAUUUAAUUGAUACUUUUUUCCGUUCAUAAUAUUUAGUACUGUAUUUGUGUUUUAUUCAGUAUGAUGUUACCAUUGGCGUAUAUAUACAUCUGAGUAAAUGCUGCACCAUCCUGUUUUAAAAAAAAGAUAGUUUAGCCACACUAUUUGUAUAUCAUUAAACACUUUACAAUAACCAAGAGUGACUAUUGUUAUAAGAGACUAGUAAUUCUGUAUAUUACAUUGCAUUACUCCUAACUCUGACCUUAAUUCUAACCUUAAUCAUUACUGUGUAUUGUAUAUGUUACUCUAUGAACAUGUUAUUCUUAAGUAAAGAGGCAUACACUCUGA